UACACAGCACACGGCUAUCGUCUGGUGCGGCUACGUAAACAAAAUUGUUUAUGUGGUAACGGCAAGAACAACGUGCACGAAAUGAAAAUUAUGCGGUAGAGAGAACGUCAGUUGAAUGUGAUUUUGCUUUUCUGGAAAUGCAAAUUGUAAACGUGACAGAGUGACAAUAUUGGCGAAUAUCGUUGUCGGAAAAAAUGAAAAUAACAACGUUGAAAGGCAUUUUUCCCGAUCCAAAGCCAAUCAGAAGGAAGAAUUUCAUUCAGGAAAAUGUGAAAAAUCUGCGACGAAUGGAACAAUGCUUUCAAGCCAAUAAGGAGAUAGAAGAGCUACAGAAAUUGGAAUUGCAAAAGCAUCACAAAGCGACAGACAGAUAUCAUAAUAUAUCUGCAAGGGUAGCCACCACUUUCCGAGAGAGAAAAAAACAAAAAAAUAAUCAUAUCAGUUCAAUGUCAAAGACUAAUGUUCAAUUGAAAACUAAUAAUUCAGCAUCAACUGAUAAGGUGGAGGAUGAAGUGCAAAUUCAAAAUGAAAACAAUACACUCGGACUGGACAAAAAGAAUACUGUUCCUGCUAAAAAGAUUAUUAGACAAAGAAUAAAUAAUAAUAAUAAUAUAUCAGAUAGACAGAAGAAAACUAGCAAGCAUGAUAAAAACCAGCAGAAAAUGGAGCCAAAAGUUUCCAAACCAGAUGUCUUGCUCAAAUCUGAAGAUAACACAAAUGAACAAAUUACUGUAAAAUAUAUAAAUCGAGGAAUUCAAACUUUAGAUACAGAUGAAGUGGAAAGUAUAUAUUCUGAAGGUGUUAUUCGAUAUCCCUCAAAGAAAGUUACAAAGCACAAUGAAACAGCGAGUAAUGGCGAUUUAAAUCAGCAAGAUGAGAAAACUUUAAAGAACCAAAUCAAUUCACCUACAGAUAGAGGCGAUAUGCGUAAUCUCCAAGAUGUACAAAAUGUCGAUUUACAAAAUUCCGUAUCGCCGGCACCUAAAGAAGAAAUCGACUUUAUCAAAUUGAAUAAAGAACGUACUUCUAUUGCCACUAAAUUGGCGAUACAGCUUAACAAUGGUGUACCACUACCGAAUUAUCGCAAGGGUGUUAUUCCUAAAUAUCUUCGAGUGAGAAAGGAAGCACAAGAAAAGGAGCAAAAAAUUAAAGCAGAAGCACAGCAUCCUGACUGUCCAGAGGGUCAUGUGCCCAUACCUGACCAUGAGCGUAAAGAGACACUGCGAUUAUUAAAAAAAAAUUAUCAAGAUUAUGUCAAUGAAUUAAAUAUGAUGCCCAUAAAGACAGAUACUUUAAGAGCACAGAGACGUAAGAUUGAAAUAGAGAAGCAACUGAAUAAACUGGAAGAAGGAAUCAAGGUGUUCUCGCGUCCCAAAGUUUACGUGAAAAUAAAUGCAUAAAUU